AUGUUCAAACGCCAUGCAAACCAUCGGGAAGAGGUUGGUCCCGGCACCAGCGCACAGUCUUCACAGCCCGAGUCCGGCCAACUUCAACUUCCUAGGGAUGACCCCUUUGAGAAUGUGCGGCUCUUUGCUCAAUCACACGGACUCGCACGGCAUCUGGACAGCUUCCACAAAGCCGCGGUCGUACUCGAAGGCCGAACUACUUUGGACGAGAUCCCGCUCUCCGCGUCAGAGCUAAAAGCUUUGCGCGAUGAGACGGAACGAAAAUGGCGGCAACCAAAGAUGCUGUAUUUCACCAUCUUGGGUUGGGCACAGACGGGCAUGAAUGGUGCCAACCUGUAUUUCCCAAAGGCAUUUGGCAUCGGCUCGAAUAGUAAACAUGACACGUUCAUUGUCGGCUUGAUCAACAGCGGCAUCUAUCUCAGCACAGGAGUCCUAGGUGCCUGGCUCUCGGAUCCGGUCAACAACUGGCUUGGUCGUCGUGGUGCGGUCUUCGUGGGAAGCAUUCUCUGCUUCCUUGCCAACCUUGGGUCGUCUCUGAGCGAGACUUGGCCGCAGUUACUGAUUUUCCGCUUCAUCCUAGGUGGUGGCUUGGGGAUCAAUGCCAGCACCGUCUCUGUGUAUGCCGCUGAAUGUGCCCCCGCUGGGAUCCGCGGCGGUUUGGCCGUGUCCUGGCAGAUGUGGACGGCUUUUGGAAUAUUCGUGGGUUUCGUCGCCAAUGCCGCCGUUCACAGCUAUGGCGACGACCCCUGGAGACUCCAACUGGCGGGUCCUUUCAUCCCAACCAUACCUCUAUUGCUGAUGUUGUACAUGUGUCCCGAAUCGCCAGCAUGGUACUUGAAACACGGAGACCGAUAUGAUCUCGCAUUCCAGUCGCUCUGCAGGUUGCGGAGCAGCGGGCUGCUGGCAGCAAAGGAGCUGUACUCCUCGCAUUUACAGAGGACAGCGACAAUGAAGAUGAUGGACCAGGAAGAGAUCUCCUUCUCCAGGAAGGUUUUGGAUCUGUUCAGGGUACCUCGCAUCAGGCGAGCUACUACCGCAUCCUACGUUGUGAUGCUCUCCCAGCAGCUGUGUGGCAUCAAUAUCAUAGCCUUUUAUUCGUCAACAAUCUUCUCAGACGCAGGAUUCUCCGACUUCGGCGCCUUGGUGGCAUCCUGCGUCUUCGGGUUCAUCAAUUUUCUCGGAGCUUUCCCAGCGAUAUGGACCAUGGACACUCUAGGGAGAAGGUCGCUUCUCCUUCUGACCUUGCCACCCAUGGCAGUAACCAUGCUCGCGGCGGGAUUGAGUUUCAACAUUUCUGCCGACAAUCCUGUGCACUUUGGACUACUUGCCACCUUGAUCUAUGUCUUCUGUGCCUUGUAUUCGCCGGGGAUGGGGCCGGUUCCGAACACCUAUUCAGCAGAAGUCUUCCCACUUUCGCAUCGCGAGAUUGGCAUGAGUUUUGCGGUGGCCACGGCGAACUUUUGGGCGGCCAUCUUAUCUUUGACAUUCCCACGAAUCCUCACGGCUCUCACGUCUCAAGGAGCCUUUGCUUUAUACGCAGGACUGAAUAUUGUGGCCCUGGUUCUAGUCUUCCUCUUCCUACCAGAGACUCGCUUGAAGACACUCGACGAACUGGAUGACGUCUUUUCCGUUCCUACGAGGACAUUUGUGAGGUAUCAGACGACCGAGUUCUUACCCUGGAUUGUGAAACGAUACGUUAUGCGAGACAAGGAAGUUGACCUCCCCCCACUGGGCUUCGAUGAAAGGUAUCAGGAGCUCGAACAAGACGAAGACGACCGAGAGACAUAA